AUGGCGAGCUGGAUUAGCUCCUGGGUCAAUGGCGACCAGAAGGAAGACGAGAACCAUGACAUGAGCACGACUAGCGAAGACGUGCAUGUCCCGACGGCGGAAGAGCUCCGGCAGAAGCGCCUCGAGCGCCUGGCGCCCUUGGAGCAAGCUGCGCCGGCCCCCGCGCCGCCGGUCGUGAAAGCGUCGCCGCCCAAGCCGGUUAUCGCACCGCCUGCGCCACCUGUUCAAGCCCCCGCGCCGGUGCUGAAGAAGAAGGCGAGCCGGCGUGACGGGCUCCACGAGAUGCUGUCUCGCAUCCUGCAGGUGACGUUGCAUCCGCCAGGUUCGCACGAUGUCUUGUACAUGGACGUCGCGGGAAACGCUCUCAACGGCGACAACGUCAGCGAAGUCUUGUACAUGCGGCUCGUGUCGGAAGAAGACGCGGCGCUCGCGACACCGACGCUGCGGUACCUCUUUGACGUGUACCAGCGCUGCCGGACCGAGAGUUCGCAGCUCUCCGAGGCCGAUCUUGUCGUCGUCAAGUCGCUCAUGGAGAUGGCGAUCAACUACAGCGUGACGUGCCUCUUGGAGCCCGAGAUGUUUCCGUCGCACGCCAUGACGCCGCUCGAAGUGUUUGACGCGCUCGUGCGCAACCCGACGCCAAGCACGCCCUCGUACCUCGAGCUCCUCGCCCAGGGGCUCGAGGCCCAGGGUGGGUCCGCGGGCCUUGGCCGCGUCGUGGGCCCCAUCUUCCAGAAGCUCGUCUCCGAGAUCUUUCUUGGUGCGCAGUCGCUCCUCGCGGUCGAGGUGUGGGCGCCGCCCAUGCAAGCGAUCGGGUCCCUCGUGCGUGUCAAGGGCUUUGCGACGGUCUUUGUCACGAUGCCAGGGUUUCUCCUCUCACCACCGCUCAACGGGCGCCGCCUCCAAGACGCCACCGCGCUCGGCAUUCUGCUACGCCUCUCGACCGACUCGCCGGAUCCUGCGCUCAAAGACAUGUUUUCCAACAUCACCAAACGGACGCGCAACGACGUCGACAAGUCGCUGCGGCAACUUCGGAACGAACUCAAGUUUAACCACGACUUAUGCACCGACAUCUUCAAGUCGCUGCUCAAGGCUGGCCCGGUGUGCAAGGACCGCGUCCUCGCUUGGCUGGCGCAGGCGCUCGAAGUCAACCAGGAGAUGGCCAAAGAAAACCCGAACGCUGCGCUCACAUCGACCGCCGGCCUCCUCAUGAACCUCAGCGUCGUGCUGCUGCGGCUCUGCGGUCCGUUCUUGCCGCCAUCGUCAACCAAACACUCGCUCAUUGACCCGACGUUCCUGGCGGCCGUGCCCAACCCCAUCUUUCCGGCCGACAGCACCAAGCUCGUGGUGACCGAGAGCGCUGCGUCGACGACCAAGACGCUCGGCGACUUUAACUUUAUCACGCAGUGCUUUUACCUCACGCUGGAGAGCGUCCACCUUGGACCAGUCGCGACCAUGGCCAAGUACAUGCGCCUCUUGCGCCAGCUCUCGUACGUCCAAAACGCCAUGCGCAGCAACAACGACCCUCGCGUCCAAGCGCAGUUUGACGCACUCGCGUCGACCAAGAUGCUAUUGGACGCCAAGCUGCUCCAGCCCGAGGUCCUUCACGAGAUCGUGCGUUUUGCCCUCUUGUCCGCGGACGUGGUCUGCCGCAUCUGUCUGGAGCCGUCGGGGAAGGCGUCGUCGAGCCCGCUCGUGCUGCCCAUUACGACGCGCGAGCAAGAUUUGCUUGUGCCAUUUAUGCCCGAGCACAUUGUCGAGGACAUUGUCAACGCUCUCCUCUUCGUGGCACGCAUGGCGCCGACGGAGCUCGCGGCCUUCGCCUUUGACGACCUCUUGAAGAUGACGCUCGUCUUCCUCUCGUCGCCGCAGCUGGUCCGGAGCCCGCACUUGCGCGCCAAGAUGAGCGAGUGCCUCUUUGAGAUCUGCCUGCCGUCGCACGAGUCGGAGGACCGGCCGACGGUCGGCGUGCCGUCCGCAGUGAACGCGCUCACGCAGAGCCCGCUCGCGCAGGAGCACCUCGCGCCGUGCCUCCUCGCGCUCUACGGCGAUGUCGAGCAGACGGGCUUUUACGAAAAGCUCGAGCACCGCUACAACAUUGCUUGCUUGCUCAAGUACCUCUGGAAGUGCCCGGCCCACAAGCCUGCGUUCGUCUCGAUCUCCACGAACGAACCGGCGUUCGUCAAGUUUGCGCACGGUCUUAUGAACCACAUCAACUCGCUCCUCACUGAUGCGCUGACCAAUUUACCGGAGAUCAAGGCGCUGCAGGAGGAAGCCCAGUCGCCGCUUUGGGGCACUUAUGACCAAGCGACGCAAGAGCAAAAGCAGAGUCUUUUGGCCGAGAAGGAGCGCACGGUCACGUCGAGUUUGCAGCUCGCGAACGAGACGAUCCACAUGAUGUCAUACCUCACGUCCGAGAUCCAAGCGCCGUUCCUCAGCGUCGCACUGGAAGAACGCCUCGUGAGCAUGCUCAACAGCGUGCUCGUCAAGCUCGCGGGGCCCCGCGGCCUCGAGCUCAAGGUGGCGAACCCCGAGACGUACAAGUUCCGGCCCAAGGUCAUGCUCCGCGAAGUCGUCGAGACGAUCUUGCAUUUUGCGCAAUACGAGAGCUUCCAGAUGGCGGUUGCCUCCAACGGCUUGUACGACCCGGCCGUGUACCGCAAGUGCGUGCACAUUCUCCAGCGCACGCAGCUCAUUCCGCCGCCGGGCGUCGCGACCUUUGAGAACCUCUGCGACACGGUCGAAGCGCUGCAUGCGAGCAACGCGCUCGACGAUGCGGCGUACGGCGACGCCCCGGACGAGUUUAUGGACCCGCUUCUCUGCCAGCGCAUGCGCGACCCCGUGACGCUGCCGAGCGGGUACGUGGUCGACCGCGCCACGAUCGUCCAGCACCUCAUGAACGACGCGACCGACCCGUUCACGCGGCAGCCGUUGACCGUCGACCAGCUCACGCCCGCGACAGUGCUCAAGGCGCGCAUCGACGCGUGGAUGGUGGCGCAGACAAAGUAG